AUGCGGAUCGUGGACGACGAUGUCAGCUGGAAUAGCAUUGCUGCUGUCCAGGAGAAGGAGGAGGAGGAGGAGGAUGAAGGCGACAUGCCUGUGGUGGCAGAAUUUAUUGAUGAGCGUCCGGAUGAAGUGAAGCUUAUGGAGGAAUUCCGGACAAAUGCUAAAUGGAAACUUCUAGGAGACCAGAAUGAAGACUCACAAGGUUCGGAUAUUUCAGUACCCGCCAAAUCUAACAUGAGAAGGAAGCGUCACGACUCCCCAGAUCUGUCACCUCCCAGGCGACAGCGUCACGACUCUCCGGACCUCUCUCCGCCAAGAAGGAAGCGUCACGACUCCCCGGACCUGUCACCUCCCAGGCAACGACAUGACUCCCCAGACCUCUCCCCGCCAAGAAGGAAGCGUCAUGACUCCCCAGACCUGUCACCUCCCAGGCGGCAGCGUCACGACUCCCCAGACCUGUCACCUCCCAGGCGGCAGCGUCACGACUCCCCAGACCUCUCCCCGCCAAGAAGGAAGCGUCACGACUCCCCAGACCUGUCACCUCCCAGGCGGCAGCGUCACGACUCCCCAGACCUCUCCCCGCCAAGAAGGAAGCGUCACGACUCCCCAGACCUGUCACCUCAGAAGCACCAGGCUACUCCGGAUCUAUCCCCUCCACGGAAGAAUAGGUACGAUUCUGACACGGAUUCGUCCCCGCCUCGGAGAAAGAGAGCUGGGUCACCUAGUCCAAAAAAGCAGAGCCGAACAAGAGGUGCUUCUCCAGCCACGAAAAAGCUUAGGCCGGUGCCCUCGCCUCAGAGGUGCCCGAGGCACGACUCUCACUCUCCAUCUCCACGGAGGGGUAGCCGGAACGCCUCUGAUGCAGACCACUCUGAUUUAUCUCCGCCACGACGGACUCUGCCGGCCGGAAAGGAUCGGCGCGGUUCGAGGAGUCCCCCUGAGCUCUCACCUCCUCGCCACCGUGACACUAAGGGAUCUCCCAAGAAGGCAAACGUGAUGCUCUCUGGGGUCAAAGCUGGCUUGGUGUCAGCUGACGUGCUGCGGAGGGAACAGCAGGAGCUCCGGAGGCAUGAGAGAAAUAACAAGCACUUGGAAGAGGAGUCCCGGCACUCUGAGACCGUCUUCCGAGACAAGUCGGGCCGCAAAAGGGACCUCGCGCAGGAGCGGCUGGAGCAGAGGCAGAAAGCCGAAGUGCAGUCCGAGAGAGACGAGCAAUAUGCCAAGUGGGGUAAAGGGCUAGCGCAGGAGAGGCAACAGCAGCAGAACGUGGAAGAUGCAAUAAGAGAGAUGCAGAAGCCGUUGGCCCGUUACAUUGAUGACCAGGAUCUGGAUCGAAUGCUGAGAGAGCAAGAGAGGGAAGGAGACCCCAUGGCUGAUUUCAUCAAAAAAAGGAAGGCCAAAGAGAACAAAGAAAAGAAAGAAAAACCUAGGUACAAUGGACCAGCACCUCCACUCAACAGAUUUAAUAUAUGGCCUGGGCAUCGCUGGGAUGGUGUGGACAGGUCCAAUGGAUUCGAGCAGCAGCGCUUUGCCAGGAUAGCCAACAAGAAGGCAGUUCAGGAGCUUGCGUACAAGUGGAGCGUUGAGGACAUGUAG